CAAGCCCAGCACAGCCAAGCAGUCAGAGGCCGAGCACAGAGCACCAGCCGCCCAUCAGUACAGACCAGCUCCACGACAGAACCCGCCGCCUGCACUCCUGGCCUUUAACAGGGGCCACGGGGUUCUGGGGACACAAAGGCCUGGCUCUGCGCGAUCUGCCGAGCCCGAGAGGGUCUCCCUCAGGCUUCCCCCGGGGGCCAGGUGCCCCAGGAUGGACGUGUCCCCUGAAUGCACACCACAGGCCAGGGGGCCAGUGCUGGUCCGCCGGCGGCCCCCAGCACCCCCGGGCCUGGGUGAGGCUCUGAAGGCCAGACUGCGGCGGAGCUGUGUGUGCAGCGUGCAGGGGGCCUGGGCGCUGCUGCAGGACCUGUUCCCAGCCACACGCUGGCUCCGCCAGUACCGGCUUCGGGAGGACCUGGCGGGUGACACCAUGUCUGGGCUGGUCAUCGGCAUCAUCCUGGUGCCGCAAGCCAUCGCCUACUCGCUGCUGGCUGGGCUGCCGCCUGUCUACAGCCUCUACACGUCCUUCUUUGCGAAUCUCAUCUACUUCCUCAUGGGCACCUCGCGCCACGUCUCCGUGGGCAUCUUCAGCCUGCUCUGCCUCAUGGUGGGUCAGGUGGUGGACCGCGAGCUCCUGCUGGCCGGCUUCGACCCUGCCCAGGACGGCCUGGGGCCUGGGGCCAACAGUAGCGCCCUCAAUGCCUCAGCCGCCACGCUGGUGCUCGGGUUGCAGGACUGCGGGAGGGACUGCUACGCCAUCCGCGUUGCCACCGCCCUCACACUGGUGGCCGGGAUUUACCAGGUCCUCAUGGGCAUCCUCCGGCUAGGCUUCGUGUCCACCUACCUCUCGCAGCCGCUGCUGGAUGGCUUCGCCAUGGGGGCCUCAGUGACCAUCCUGACCUCCCAGCUCAGGCACCUGCUGGGUGUGCGGGUCCCACGGCACCAGGGCCCAGGCAUGGUGGUGAGCACGUGGCUGAGCCUGCUGCGCAGCGCUGGGCAGGCCAACCUGUGCGACGUGCUCACCAGUGCCACGUGCCUGGCCGUGCUGCUGGCGGCUAAGGAGCUCUCGGACCGCCUCCGGCACCGCCUGCAGGUGCCGCUGCCUGCAGAGCUGCUGGUCAUCGUGGUGGCCACGCUCGUGUCCCACUUUGGGCAGUUCCAUGAGCGCUUCGGUUCCAACGUGGCUGGUGACAUCCCCACUGGCUUCGUGGCCCCACGAGUGCCAGAUCCAGAGCUGAUGUGGCGGGUGGCACAGGAUGCUGUGUCCCUGGCCCUCAUAGGCUCUGCCUUUUCCAUCUCACUGGCAGAGAUGUUUGCCCGCAGCCACGGCUACUCCGUGCGUGCCAACCAGGAGUUACUGGCCGUGGGCUGCUGCAACGUGCUGCCCGCCUUCUUCCACUGUUUUGCCACCAGUGCUGCCCUGUCCAAGAGCCUGGUGAAGACAGCCACUGGCUGCCGCACGCAGGUGUCCAGCGUGGUCAGCGCUGCCGUGGUGCUGCUGGUGCUGCUGGUGCUGGCGCCACUGUUCCGGGACCUGCAGCGGUGCGUGCUGGCCUGUGUCAUUGUCGUCAGCCUGCGGGGGGCCCUGCGCAAGGUGAGGGAUGUCCCACGGCUGUGGCGGCUCAGCCCAGCCGAUGCACUAGUCUGGGUGGCCACUGCGGCCACCUGCGUGCUGGUCAGCACCGAGGCCGGGCUCCUGGCUGGCGUCCUCCUCUCAUUGCUCAGCCUGGCCAGCCGCACACAGCGCCCUCGUGCCGCCCUGCUCGCCCAAGUUGGGGAUUCUGGCUUCUACGAGGACAGCACAGAGUUUGAGGGCCUGGUCCCCGAGCCUGGUGUGCAGGUGUUCCGCUUCUCGGGGCCACUCUACUAUGCCAACAAGGACUUCUUCCUGCGCUCGCUCUACAGCCUGACGGGGCUGGACGUGGGGCAUGUGACUGCCAGGAGGAAGGAGCGGGGCUCAGGGGUGGGGGCUGGAAAAGGAGAUCUGAUCCAAGGCCGGGACCUGGGCCCAGUGAGCAGCACGGCCGCGCUGAUGCCCUCGGCAACCGGCUUCCACGUGGUGGUCAUCGACUGUGCCCCGCUGCUGUUCCUGGACGCGGCUGGCCUGGCCACACUGCAGGACCUGCGCCGAGACUACGAGGCCUUGGGCAUCACCCUGCUCCUGGCCUGCUGCAGCCCCUCAGUAAGGGACACCCUGAGGAGGGGCGGCUUCCUCGGGGAGGACCAGGAGGACGUGGCUGAGGAGGAGCAGCUGUUCCCCAGCGUGUACGGUGCUGUGCAGGCGGCCCGAGCCCGUCACAGGGAGCUGGCAGCCACAGACUCCUCCCUCUAGGAGAGCCAGUGCCUGCCACCAGCCUCCACCUGUACCAUCGAUCACUGCCGUCCCCACCCUAGGGGAACUGGGGAACCCCAACUGGGACGGAGGGUGGCACUGUGAACACCCACAAGGACUCAGAUGCCUGAGAACCCACCACCGCACCUUUGAGACACGCUGCCACAGUGCCACCUGGGCCCAGGGUUGUGCACCUGUGGUCUGUGGAGCCGAUCUGACAUUCAGUGUCCUGUCUUAAACAAGGACCCCGAGGCAGUCACAUGGCCGCCGAGGUGCCGAAAAGACACUGGUCCCUUGGCCUGCCAGCCCCCACCCCACCAGGUCUCUAUGAGGGUCUCUAUGUCCCUGAAGCCCCCGCAACACACAUGCCCAAGUGUCUCUCAUACCUCGUGCCUCAGCCCUGGCUGGCCCUUGCAGGGCCAAAGGCAGAUGUGACCAACAUGACCUCAGCUUGGCCCUUGGAACACAGCACAGAGUGUGGGUGCCCACUAGCCAUUUUGGGGUCCAGCUGCACACCAACCUGAGCCUGAGCUGCCAGGGUGGCUUCCAGCAGGAAAGCAGCUGUGCCCCAUCCAGGGGCUGCCCAGCACCACAGUGCCCUGUGCAGCCAGAUGCCCUCCACUCUCCCUCCCCGGGGGAUGCUUUGCCGAGAAGUGUGGGGCGGUGGCUUCUCAGAGCAGGAUGUCCCCACCACUGCCCUGAACUGCACUAUCCUCCACACCCGGACACCACCUCCUCUUCGUCCUGGUCUUCAUAAAGUGGGCUCUGCCCAGCUGCCCCUAGGCUUCCCCCACUCCCUGCCACCCACCUGGCCGUGACGAGGUCCAGCAUCCAGUGGGUCCGAACCUGCUGGAUGCCACCGUGAGGGACAGCACCCACGUAGGCCAGGUUGAGCUGCUGGUCCCAGCUGAGGUCAUACUGGUCAGCUUGGCUGUGCGGCAGUGGGGGACUGGGCACAAAACAAGGGGGAGUGGGGGCAUUAGUCCGAGUUAACAGAGCAGCCUUGGCACACAGCCACACCUACACCACCAGGGCCAGGACUGGGGAGUGUCCGCUGGUGAGUUUUACUGUCCCUGAUGUAAUAAAAUGACCACUAAUGCCAGGA